AUGUUGGAAAAGAAUGAUGUUGAGAUGAUUGAAGUCAGCGAGGACAAACUAGCUCUGGAAAGUCAGGUGGACCCAGCUGUGGAAAAGAGAAUGGUUCGCAAAAUCGACAUCCGAUUACUUCCCAUCACUGCCCUCAUCUACCUGCUUUGCUACCUAGACAGGUCGAACAUUGGAAACGCCAAAAUCCUGAACUCCAGUUCCGGGGAUACAAUGGUGGAAACCAACAACAUGACGAACUACCAAUUCACAGUCGCCCUCAUGGUCUUCCUGGUCGCAUAUUCAAUAUUUGAGGCACCUAGUAACCUGGCUCUGAAAGUCAUAUCCCCAAACAAAUGGAUCGGCUUUCUAGUCAUUGCUUUUGGAGCACUAUGUGCUGGUAUUGCCGGAACCCACAACUUUGCAGGAGUUACAGCCUUACGAUUCUUUCUUGGUGCAGCCGAGGCCGGAUCAUUUCCGGGAUUGAUAUUCUACUUUAGUCUGUGGUAUAAACAAGAAGAGCGAGCGACUCGUAUUGCCGCUUUCUUAUGUAGCGCGACCCUCGCUGGAGCUUUUGGCGGAGCACUGGCAUAUAGCGUGGGGCAUAUGAAUGGUGCUGGCGGGUUGGAGGGAUGGCGGUGGCUGUUCAUUCUUGAAGGAUGUCUUACAGCGGUCGUGGGGAUAUUUGUGUUCUUCUUCCUGCCAAGCUAUCCUGAACAAGCCUCAUGGUUGACACCGGAAGAGAAACGGCUACAAAGAGAUCGUCUUGGUAUCAACGCUGGGCAAAGCGAAGAAAAGAAGCUCAACUGGGCAGAGAUCAAAGAUUGUCUCACAACCUGGAGACUUUAUGUGCACUAUCUCAUUUACAUGGGAGCUGGUGUUACCGUGGCAUCACUGUCUCUCUUCUCUCCAACCAUCGUCGCGGGUCUUGGUUACAAAGACCUUCAAGCCCAACUUUUCACCGUCCCCCCUUAUGCUGUAGCAUACGUCGUCACCUUCAUCACUGCCAUGAUCUCCGAUCACUACAAAUCCCGAGGCUUUGUCGCCGGCAUAUCGUGCGUUAUAGCAGGAGUUGCAUUCCUUAUUCAGGCCGCACUUCCUGGUACUGCGUAUACUGUUCGAUAUGUCUUCCUCAUCAUCGCAACAUCAGGGGUCUUCGGUGGCCUGCCUUCGCUCUGCGCCUGGGUCGGCGAUAAUGUGCGCACUUCAACCGCUGGCUCGCUUUCCACCGCACUCAACAUCGCUUUUUCGGGGCCGGGACAGAUCAUUGGAGUUUGGAUCUAUCGCUCGCAGGACAAGCCAUUUUACCGUCUAGGUCAUGCGGUUAACGCCGCGUUCAUUCUGAUGAGCGGGGUUCUGAGCUUUGGAUUGAUGAUGUAUUACCGUCGCCUGAAUAAGAAGAUGGUAGGGACAAGCGAACAGAGGUGGAUUGCGUAGGCUAAAAAAAAUGAAGAUUAAGGCCAUCUGUUUAGCGUAGCUCAUCGCUUGCUAGGCUCUUCUAACUAUGAAACGGUCCUAAGCUA